AUGGGCUGGUGGCAUAGCCUUUGGGGCUCCAACACGACGGACGAUCCCCUGCAAAAGCUAGACCCCAAGCUUCGCGAAUACCUCGAGAAGGAGUCGCCCGUCAGAUACCCAACAACAGCAGAGCAGCAGCAGCAACAACAACAAUCACAGUCGCCGUCGCCGUACCCACAAAAGACCGAACAUGGUCAGCAACAACCGCACGAGUCUGCCGUACCCAAGGAGUCGCAAUUCCAAGAUGGUCGCUAUGCGCACCUGUGGAAGAACUACCGCCCCCUUGCCGAGAUCGAGGCCGAGACCAAGAGCGACCAGGAAAAGAUCAUGGACGUUCUAGAGGGCUACAAGGAGCGCAAGAGUCAGAUUGGCAAGGCGGCGCUGGAGAACUGCGCGCUGGAGCAGGUCGACUGGCGGUCCUGCAUGAGCAACCCCAACUUCACGGAGCGGUUCACCAUGUGUCGCGCGCAAAUCAAAAAGUUUGAGAGGUGUUACAAUAUGCAAACGAGGUUAUUAAAAUCGCUUGGUUAUCUAUCCACAGCAGACAGAUCGCCCGAGGUCGAAGAGGAUAUUCAAAUGCAUGCCGACUCCAUGUACCACAAAUUUCUGCAGCAAGAAGCCGAGAUUGAAGCCGCAAAGACCGAGGGCAGGCCAAUACCCAAAUUUGAGCCAUUGCUGGCCAAGAAACCACUGGUGGGGAUCCCAGCUCCCGAGUUCGAGCUUAGCUUGGAACAACAGCAACUGCUCAAGACAAGAUUGGAGAAGGUGGAUGAAAUAGACAGGCCGGCUGAGGAGCAGGCGUUCCGGGCAGAGUUGCGGGCCAAGGCCGAGCUCGACGGCCGGAUCAGGGGCAUCUGGAACCAACAGGCUGAGGAGAGGAAAGCACGACAGGAAGCAGGACAGGCUACAACCUGGGACAGAGUCAUGAACGUUGUCCGGGGCGAUAACGAGAAGAGGUGA